CCUACAUAAGAGAUGGUAUUAAUGCUAGAAUACCUUACUCGUGGCUGUCCACCUAGUAAUGGUCUAGCUUCAACCGUGGUUUCCGUCAUUGACGCGAAUUUUCAAAACUCGACCUUUGCGAUGCGCCGUGAGUGAUUAUUCUCAGUCGAGUCUCACAACGCGCUCACUCUUUCGGCCAAGGUGCAGCAUACCGCGAUGGACUCCUACCGUCCUGGCGGAGGCGACCGUCGCGCCAAUGGUGAUAAGGACUCCUACCGCCCACCUCGCCGCGAUGAUGAUUUCAGACCGCCAUGGCCACCCCGCGAGGCGGACAAUGGCAUGUAUUAUUUUCGAGGUUCACGCGAUGAAGACACCCGCCGCGACUACUCAUAUCGACCGAGGCCUAGGUAUCCCGAUCCAAGAGACGGUCCACGCAGAAGAGACCCGUACCGCAGACCUUACAACCCCGCCAGAAUCGCCGAACGUCCCCUAAUGCGAUUGAAUAACCAGGUGGAAGAUUCUUCACUUCUAGACCCAAAUGCCGACCUCAAAUUUCGCAAUCUAGACGAAAUCACCGAUAGCGAGGAAGAAGUCAUGGCGGUUUCCGAAGAUGAAGGCGAAGGAAGAGGUGCGAAGCGUGCUCGAGUCACCGCAAAUCUUUCAGACACAGUCCAAACGGCACCGAAAUGGUCCAAUCCAGAUCCCUACACCUCGCUGCCGCCUGUUGGCGACGCUGAUGCCACUGCCAAGCGGACUGACGUACUGAAACUCAUACGGAAGGCGCGAGUCGAUGCUCAAAACCAAUCUGACAUUAAAUCAACCGCAGACGACUUCAUUUCCUUUGACGUUAACGCAUCCGACACUGAAGACAGCGCAGAAGAGUCGGUUUCACAGUCCAUGGGUGCCACAAUGUCUCUGGCCGAGGCGCCGGCUCCUGCGGCAGAAAUGAAACAAGAACACGUACUCGGCAAAAGAAAGAGAGGGGAUGCAACUGGAAGAUAUAACCUCGAAACGCAAUCUGAUCCGCUGGUCUAUUCUGACAAGUAUGUACGAGGAGAGUGGCAAGCUAAACCAGGGAAAGACCCUGCGCCCUGGCUGGUUGCUUCUGAUUCGAACGAUCUACCAGGAAUGGCACUUCACAAAGAAAUCAUCGAUUUCUAUGAUUGGGUAAAACCCAAGGACUUCGAACGAGCAGUUCGUGAUGAAGUGUUUCAACGCCUGCGUGACGCCUUUAAGAGACUUUGGCCGGGAGGAGAAUUGAAAGCCUUCGGAUCCUAUGCGGCAGGCUUGUACCUUCCUACAGCUGAUAUGGAUCUGGUCUAUCUCAGACGUGGCUUUAGACCAGGGAUGCCUCUGAUUCAACGAGAAGCCAAGAACCUACUCUUCUCGUGCUCAAGGUUUCUGAAGGACAACCGCAUUGCGAAGCCAACAUCAAUCACGGUCAUCAGCGGUGCCAAAGUCCCUAUCAUCAAGUUCGUGGAUAGAAUCAGCGGCUUAAAGGUGGACCUGUCAUUCGACAAUGAUUCUGGUGUUGUUGCAAUCGACACUUUUCAGAGAUGGAAAGAAUCAUAUCCGGCGAUGCCAAUCAUCGUGGCCAUUGUGAAGCAAUACUUGAUGAUCCGCGGGCUGAAUGAUGUGUCGACUGGAGGACUGGGUGGUUUCUCCACCAUAUGCUUGGUCACCAGCCUGUUACAAUUUUUACCAGCAUCAUCGCAGCCGAUCAAUCUGGGCGAAGCUUUGGUGGAAUUCUUCAACCUCUAUGGAAACCUCUUCGACAGGAACUCCGUCGUGAUCAGAAUGGAUCCACCUAAAUAUCUUGACAAGAAAUCACACAUGCCGCAUGUUUUCAAUGACAAGGAUGGUAGACUGACCAUCAUCGAUCCGAAUCGACCCGAUAACAAUAUCUCGGGCGGUAGCAGACUGAUCAGCGACAUCUUCAAAUGCUUUUCGUCGGCGCACCGAGCUCUUAUCCAGCGACUCGAUGCCUACGAGCACCGAGACCCAAAUAGUCCAGCCUCCAGCCUCCUUGGGUGCCUUGUUGGCGGCAAUUUCUCCCUGUUCGAGGCGCAAAGACAGGUACUCUACGAUCUCGGUAUGGAUCUGAGGCUUAUCCCGCCACCGACAUUGCCGACGCUGCCGAAAGCUUCGAAAGAUGCCAAUGAUACCCCAUCCAUGGAACCCGCCCGAGGGUCGAAGACUGUCAACGAUGGCGAGGCUGGCUUGUCUCCCCAAACCUCUUCCGUGCUACCCGAAGAGUCAAAGGAGCCCUCGAAGGCUGAGAAGAGAGCACUUCGAUUCAAAAAGCUUAGGCCUGAGCUGGCAGCCUCCGUCGGUACUACGAUCAGUGUGACCAAAGCCAUGGAACUUGGAGGGUACAAAACCCGCGAAGCGAUGCACAACGACCUUGUAGUAAGAGAAGGUGCUAUGUCGAAACUAGAGGCAAAGAAGAAAAAGUGAAGGGAAGGCGACGAAGAGACCAUGCUUCACCGACACGAGCUUACUAUGAUCACUUGAUGCAGCAUUAUUGUCCGCCGUUCGAAUCGUCAUCCUAAGAAAGAGGAAGAAUUGGCUGAUUGGGGCAUGUUUACAGUUGCAUUGUCUACGUGCUACAUCAGCCGAAUUACUGUUCGAAUCAAUUUACCGUUCAGCACUA